CAUGCUACGCUUACUUCAUCGCAUAUCGCACGUUUUAUGCCUGUAGUUUGAAAGCGAAGCCGAAGGCACGAUGGCGGCAGGUCCUCCGCAAGAGAGAAAUCAAGAUGCCACCGUGUACGUGGGUGGGCUGGAUGAGAAGGUGUCGGAAGCUUUGCUAUGGGAGCUGUUCCUUCAGGCAGGCCCUGUCGUGAACACCCACAUGCCCAAGGACCGAGUGACCCAGCAGCAUCAGAGCUAUGGCUUCGUGGAGUUCAUGAGCGAGGAAGACGCCGAUUAUGCCAUCAAGGUCAUGAACAUGAUCAAGCUGUACGGCAAACCAAUCAGGGUCAAUAAGGCCUCGGCACAUCAGAAGAACUUGGACGUAGGCGCCAACAUCUUCAUUGGCAAUCUGGACCCCGAGAUUGAUGAGAAACUCCUGUACGACACAUUCAGCGCAUUUGGGGUCAUACUUCAAACUCCAAAGAUCAUGCGAGACCCGGACACAGGUAACUCCAAGGGAUACGCCUUCAUCAACUUUGCCAGUUUUGAGGCGGCCGACGCGGCCAUCGAGGCCAUGAACGGACAGUACUUGUGCAACCGAGCGAUCACUAUAUCUUACGCCUUCAAGAAAGACGCCAAGGGGGAGAGACAUGGCUCCGCAGCAGAGCGACUCUUGGCAGCACAGAACCCCCUCUCCCAAGCCGACAGACCCCAUCAGCUGUUUGCUGACUCGCCGGCUACGAUCAACAACCUGCCCCCUCCUGUCAUACCACCGCCGGGGGUCCCGCCCCCUCCCCCAGCCACGUCAGGAUUUCCCACCCCUGGACAUCCCUCCUCCGGCCCGCCCCCCAUCCCACCCCCCGGUAUGCCCCCUAUGCCUCCUCCUGGUGUACCCCCUCCGGGCAUGUUCCCCCCUGGCAUGCCCAUGCCCCCCUUCAUGCCUGGGAUGCCGUUCCCUCCCAUGCCCCCGAUGCCGCCGGGACAGGACGGACCGAACCAGGAGCACAACCAAGGUGGGGGACCACCCCGCGGACCACCGCCCAUGCCUCCAGGUAUGGGUCCUCGAGAUGGACCACCGGGGAUGUUCCCCCCUCCGUUUCCUGGGGGUAGGAUGCCCCACAGACCACCACCGUUUGGUGGCCGGGGUGGACCCAGAGGCAUGCCCCCGAUGCGUGGUAUGCGCCCUCCGAUGAGACCCCCUCGACACUUUGGACCUCCGAGGAACUGACGGGACCCAACAGGCCCAGGACAAGUCCAGUCACAAACAAAAACACAAGUCCAUUCACAGUCACAAGUAACUGUUGAUGAACAGUAACAAAGGAAUGCCUUUGCCUCAGAGUGUGGCAACCUUGCUUUGCCGUGAAAGGGAAUAAACAUCUGAAAACAUCAAAAAAAAAACCUAACCAAUUUUUAUGAAAUACCUUGC